UUUUUGGAGCCUUACGUUUUCGGAGUCAGGCUUCACGCGCCGAAUGGCUUUGGACGUGAAGUCGCGAGCAAAGCGUUAUGAGAAACUGGACUUUCUCGGAGAGGGACAGUUCGCCACAGUUUACAAGGCCAGAGACAAGAACACCAAUCAAAUUGUCGCCAUUAAAAAAAUCAAACUUGGACAUAGAUCAGAAGCUAAAGAUGGUAUAAAUAGAACAGCCUUAAGAGAGAUUAAAUUAUUACAGGAGCUAAGUCAUCCAAAUAUAAUUGGUCUCCUUGAUGCUUUUGGACAUAAAUCUAACAUUAGCCUUGUAUUUGAUUUUAUGGAAACUGAUCUAGAGGUUAUAAUAAAGGAUAAUAGUCUUGUGCUGACACCAUCACACAUCAAAGCGUACAUGCUGAUGACUCUUCAAGGAUUAGAAUAUUUACAUCAGCAUUGGAUUCUACAUAGGGAUCUAAAACCAAACAACUUAUUGCUAGAUGAAAAUGGAGUUCUAAAACUGGCAGAUUUUGGCCUGGCCAAAUCAUUUGGGAGCCCCAACAGAGCUUAUACACAUCAGGUUGUAACCAGGUGGUAUCGGGCCCCUGAGUUACUCUUUGGAGCUAGGAUGUAUGGUGUGGGUGUGGACAUGUGGGCUGUCGGCUGUAUAUUAGCAGAGUUGCUUCUAAGGGUUCCUUUUUUGCCAGGAGAUUCAGACCUUGAUCAGCUAACGAGAAUAUUUGAAACUUUGGGCACACCAACAGAGCAACAGUGGCCUGACAUGUGUAGUCUUCCAGAUUAUGUGACAUUUAAGAGCUUCCCUGGAAUCCCAUUACAGCACAUCUUCAUUGCGGCAGGUGACGACUUGCUAGACCUCAUACAAGGCUUAUUCCUGUUUAAUCCGUGUACUCGAAUUACAGCCACACAGGCAUUAAAAACUAAGUAUUUUAGUAAUCGGCCAGCCCCUACACCUGGGUGUCAGCUGCCAAGACCAAACUGUCCAGUGGAAACUUUAAAAGAGCAACCAAACCCAUCUGUGGCAACAAAACGGAAAAGAACCGAGGCUUUGGAACAAGGAGGAUUACCCAAGAAACUAAUUUUUUAAUUACAGGGAACACUGGACAGUAUUUCACUGCUGAAGGAGAUAGUGAGAAAGGCAAAUGAUGGAAAAAUAGUAAAUAUUAAGCAAAUGCUGUAGAACUGAAUUUGUAAAUAUUCUAUACAUGUAAAAUAUAUGAAACUUUGGGUUUUUAUUAAAUGUAUUUUAAAAUAAAUUUAAUUCUGGUUUUCUGAUUAGAGUGAUAAGUGAAAUAAGUUCAGUUCUUUGAGAUAUAGUUUAGUCUCUUUUCGGUUUCUCUCAAUUAUCAAAAAAUGCAAUGUUUGUAUGCAUAUGUAAGGAUCUCUCUAAGGUAUGUACCUAGACUUGUAAUUGUGACACCGUAAGGCAUAUGCACUUUCUAUUAAUGUGUCAAUAUUGCCGUAUUUCUCCAGCAGUUGUAUCAGUUUACACAACAAAAAAGCUACCUUCUGUGUUUAAAUUUUACUGGCAAAAUUUGUUAUAACAAGUAUAAAUCCAUAAUACAGAUUGUUUUGUAGUUUCUAUUUAAAUUUUAUAUUUAUCCCCUUAUGUAAAAGUCCAUUGAGUUGAAAAGAAUAAGGCCAAACUUCUACAGAAGCAUCAGGCACUCACUUUGUGAAUGUGGACUUCUCCAGUUGUACCACUCAGAAAUGAGUGUUCACAAAGGAGUUUUUGGCAUUACUAAGACAAUGGGGUGGCAGUUGAAACAAAUAGUUAAGAUGUAAUUUUGGGGAUAUCUGUAGAUUUCAUGUCUUCAUGCUGUCCCAUAAAACAACUAUAGAAUAUUACAGACCUCAAUGCUAAGCCCAAGAAAGCCUAUUAGAGGACAGAGUAAUCCUUAGUUAGAGGGUCUUGGCAUGGGAGGGGUUAGAUCCUUGACUCCAAAACUUGACCUAACAUCAGGGUCACCUGGGAGCAUUUUAAUUAGGAAAAAUAACCCAAGUUAUAUGUAUACAGUUUAAAAAGAAAAAGUGGAAUUGUCUUUCCACUCCUGACCUUUGCAAGCUCCCCUCUACAGAAGCAGCUACUAUUAAGUUUCUUUUGUUUCCUUCUAAAGAUAUUUUGUGCCUGUAGAAGCUGUAUGUACCUCCACUCACACAUUUUUUAAUGUUUAUUAGGAGAACAACAGGUUACAACUCAGGAUCGGGGCCAACUCAGAAUACACUUCUUAGAUCAGGACAGCCUCUUCUCAGCCGUGCCCACAAGCAGGCCUCUCUCUAGCCCUCAGCCCCUCAGUCCAGGCUCUGCCCUGCUGGGGCAAGUGUUACAAAGCUCCUUAGCUCUACUGGUAGGUGCCCAGAGGCACCCCACUUCACCAGUAAGCCUUGGCCCAAAGGCAUUCAGCUCUUUAGCUUCAUGGGUCAGCAAGCCUAGCUCUGCCGACAAGUGCCUGGAGGCACUCCACUCCGCCAGCAAGCCUCCUCUCUCCAAAGGUACUAAGCUUUCUCGUGCUGUGGGCUGGGAAGCUCACUGCGCUGUCUCCUGCUGGUCUCCUGGUUUUGGUACCUCUGUGCCACCAUUUCCCUGCCAGUGCUUCUCACCAGCCCUUGCCAUCUCCAGUGUUACAGCUUUCACUGUCUCUUGGGUCUAGAAGGUUCUCAUCUCAGGGAUCCUGGGUCCAAAGGACAGGCUCCACUCCUAGCUCUUCUUUUUUGGUGGUAGUAAGGUUCCCCCCUUUCUGCCUCUGGGAUGGCUCAUUUUAAGGCUAGCAGGAUGACAAAACUGACCAAUCCUUUCAUUAGGGUUCCAUAUACCUCAUUUGCAUGGUCCCACCCCCACAAGCGUGCCAUGUACCUUAUUUACAUUAUUAACAAGCUAUCCAAUUCCCUUGGUGGGCUACAUUAGGGUGCCAUAUGUCUCAUUUGCAUAGUCCCACCCAAUCUUUACAAAUACGCCAGGCGCUCCUUGGAAACUGUAUGGGGCAGUUCUACUCUGUCUUAUAGGGUAGCUGUGAGUCAGAAUCGACUCGAUGGCAGUGGGUUUUGUUUUUACCCAAUCUUUUGGUGAGAGUUGUAAGACCAUAGCUGGAAAGGCAAUAUAAAGGCAAUACAGUGCACCACACAUAGCUAGAAUGAGUUUUGUUUAUGAUUAUACUUGAUUCCACAAAUUGAUUUCCAUUCAGUACUGGAUAUAUUCCCUAAUUACUGCUUUUGCGGGGGGAGGGCUAAAUUUUAAUUUUUAUUGAAAAAUAAACAUGCAGCUAAGACUGCAUUUUAGGCAAGUUAGUGGUGAAACAAAGUUUAAAAAGCAAGAAACAGAGAAAAAAUGUUGCUAUACCAGCAGUACAAAUAGAGUCUGGAUAAUACACCAUUAUGCAGUAGUACAACUUUAAAUACAUACUGUUAACUGUCCAUGGUCUAUGCAACGAUCAGCUCCAUACUUCAAUACAACUUCUCAAAAGUGGUAACAUCUACACAGCCCUUUUUGGUAUUGUUAAAUAAUCUCAAAUCACCCCUUUCCUUACCUUUUAUGUUAAAUAAUUACAUAAACAAGGUCUAUGUAUAGUUUAUAUUCUAUUUCAUUGAGCUGGUGGUACUAUUCUGCUUUGAUUAAUGUAGCUUUAUAUUACUAUCAGGACAAUACAUUUUAACAUCUGAUAGCAGUAGUUUCCCAUCAUUCAUCCUUUUUUCAAAAUGUAUUUGUUAAGCUUUCUGCUUUUAUUAAUGCCAGCUAAAAUAUCCUUUAACACAACUAUAAAUGACUUGUAUUGCUAUCUUAUAAACCUAAUGUUAUCUAUUUAAGUAGUAUUCACAUAGCCAACUUUUUUCACUAUAGAUCAUUAGUUUUAUAACUGCUGACAUCUCCUUUGACAUAUUGUAAUGCUGUUAACAUAGUAAUAUUCUUAAAAGUUAUUAAAGAUUAUUACCACGUGUCUCAGUUAUCUAGUGCUGCUGUAACAGAAAUACCACAAGUGGAUGGCUUUAACAAAGAGAAAUUUAUUCUCUCUCAGUCUAGGAGGCUAGAAGUCCAAAUUCAGGGCACCAUCUCCAGGGAAAGGCUUUCUCCCUGUGUGCUCUGGGGGAAGGUCCUUGUCAUCAAUCUUGCCCUGCACAAGGAGCUUCUCAGCACAGGGACCCCAGGUCCAAAGGGCAUGCUUCCCCGCUCCCCGCCCUGUUCUUCACUCUCAGUGGUAUGAGUUCCCCAUCUCUCUGCUUUCUCUCUUUUGUAUCUCAAAACAGAUUGACUCAAGAUACAACCUAAUCUUGUUGAUUGAAUCCUGGCUGGUUAACAUAACUGCCUCUAAUUCUGCCUCAUUAACAUCAUAGAGAUGAUAGGAUUUACAAUACCUAGGAAAAUCAGAUGACAAUAUGGUAGACAACCACGCAAUAUUGGGAAUAGUGGCCUAGCCAAGUUGAGACACAUUUUUGGGGGAUAUAGUUCAAUCCAUGACACUAUGUAACAUUUGUAGACAAAACUAAAUGGCCUAAAAUUCAGCAUCAACACCAAAAAGUUAAUUCAAAAUGGUCUGAUUGCUGGAAUUCUGUGCAGACCUAGUUACAAAAUGUCACCAUUCUGACAAAAAAAAAAGUCUACGUAGGUAACCAGCAAUGACUCUGUAUAUACUUCUGCCAAAGUCCCACCAUCAUAAUUUUUUUAUUUACAUUAACUUAAGGAAAUUUUUAUUACUUUACAUGGAAAAUAGAAAAAUCCUGAAAAAGGCAAAUAAAACAAGAUAAAUAUUUUUAAAAAAUUAACAUCAGUCAAUCCUAGGCAUUAUUACUUCUUAAGAUGAGUAAUUUACAUUGGUAUGUUGUUGCUUUAGCCAAUUUAAUAUCCUAUAAUAUCUCUAUAAAGCAAACCCCCUGCCAUUGAGUUGAUUCCAACUCAUGACCAUGUAAGACAGAGUAGAACUGGCCCAUAGGGUUUCCAAGGAGCAGCUAGUGGAUUUGAGCUACUGACCUUUUGGUUAGCAGCCGAGCUCUUAAACCACUGUGCCACCAGUGCUCCAUAAUAUCGCUAUACAAAAACAAAAACCUGUUGCCAUCAAGUCAGUUCCGACUCAGAGCAACCCUAUAUGGCCAAUCUAAAUAAUUUUUUCUUACAAAUUUUUUUUUUUUUUAAAGAUUUUAGAAAACUGAAAAACUAAUAAAAUAUAUUAAUAUAACAAAUAAAAAAACAACACAGUAUACCAAUAAAUUUCUUGUAAAAUAUGUUCCCAUAACAUUUGAUUAUUUAAGCUGCCUCCUAAAAUUCAGAAAUACCUGGAAAACAUACAAUUUCUCAAGAUGUGGCAAUAUUCAAAACAUGAUACCUGAUGGCAAAGAACGGGACUUUUUAAGAGUUCUCGUGUAGUUUUGAUCUGUUUGAGGGUGCUGGGCUGAACAAAUGCAGCCCAGAGAAUUAAACAUUUGGACGUUUGAAUAUAUAGGAUCAUGCACAACAGACAAUUCUGAAGUUUUAUGCCAGGGGUCUUUGAAUGGAAGCAUCUCUUUCAUAGGAGUUUUUUCUUUAGUUUGUUUUGAGGCAGUGUCUUUGUCUUCCAGUGCCCGAGCAAGCAUAUAACUAACUUUUCUUUGAUGGGCCAGAGCUUCUUCUUUAUCAUUCAACUGCAUGAACACAGAUUAAAAAUAUACCAGUUAGUCAAUAAGUCACAGAAUAUAUAGCUACAUUCAGCAAAAGAAAUAGUAUUUUAUAAAAAUGUUCAAUCCUCAAAUUUGUCAAGUGACUCAAUGUGAAUUAAUUAGGUUCCACCAGUUCCCAAGCAUGAUGCUAAAUGUUAUCGAGGGUUUUUUUUUUUUUUUUUUUUUUUAAAGAAAGAAGACAGUGUUCCUUUUAUUGCAAAUCUCAUAAGUCAUCUGGGGAGAGAAAAAAAGAUAUAUAUUUUCUGUUGUUGCCUGGUGCCGUCAAGUUGAUUUUCAACUUAUAGGGACUCCAUGUGACAGAGUGGAACUGCCCCCAUAGGGUUUUCUUGGCUGUAAUCUUCAUGGGAGCAUAUCACCAGGUCUUUCCUCCCGCCAAGCCGCAACUGCCAGCCUUUCCAUUAACUAAAAUAUCAACAUGUACUUAAUCUCUUAAGAGAACAUUUUACUUUUUAAUAUAUAAAACUGUUUAUAUUUUAUAUAUAAACAUAAUUUUAACCCUCCUUCUAGAGGCAAAUACGUUGAUAUAAUGUGAGUCUCGCGGUGUCUUAGUUUAAUAAUCUAUGAAAGGGGGAUAAUAGAACUGAUUUGGGGGUUCCGGUAAUGAUCAAAGGAUAUAAUAUGUGGGGGAAUGGCAUUAAAAACUUCUAAAAUGCCUGAAUGAAUAGGUCUUGUCAUGAACUGUAUAUACAAAUGCAGAGGAAAAGGCUAACUGGAGUUAUGGGAGACCCCUCUUUUCAGAGGGAGAGCUUUAACCCUGCACAGAGAAAAUAUGGAUCGGAAAAGUGAGAACAACAUUCAAAGAGUUUAAGGAAACUCUUUAAGAUCAUGAAUUUGGAGGACGGUACUCCAGCUGGGAAAAGGGCAAGAAAGUCAAGUAUAGAGCAGCAAAGAGUUGAAUAUUAAUAGGAAACAGAUUAGCUUAACCACCACCUCUAACAGAAAGCAAAAAUACAAAUACAAACCAAAUCUAUUAGCAUCUUAAAGACUUCUUGAGGAUUAUCCUGGUCUUCAGUCCUCUUCCAACUGUUUUCUGAAGGGAGCAUACCCAGCAGUUUCUGCCCCAAGGUUUUCUUACUCCUUUGUGAUAGAAAGCCUAAAAUUGAACAUGAAAAUUCAGCUGAAACAUAAAAAUACAAAACUGAUAUACUUCCAGAAAAAUAGGUAACUAUGAACCCAGGUUAAUUAAUUCCUGAAUCAGUCAGGAGUUGUCUUCUUCAGGAGACCUUUACGACAGUUGAGUCAGGCAGCAGAGUGUAGUGCAAAUAGCACAGAUUUGGGGCCAGGACAUCAAACGCAGGUGGGAGGGCCACGGUGUGAGAAAAACCAAGAGCUCUGCCUUGCCUUAUUGGCACAGCUACUACUCGACUCCCACUGAGAGCUGCCUAGUGAGAAUGCAAUCCGUAUUACCACAUCAUCACAAUCUUCACAAGAGCUAGAAAUCCAGGUUUUUAUGUGAACUCUAUUUUAAAGGUUAGCCACUAAUCCACAUUAUUUGAAAACACUAUGCAAAACAUGUCCGCAGGCCACCCAAGGUAUCUGAGCCUUGCAGACUGCUUUAGAGCCAGGAAGAUCUAAGUUUAAAUCCUCAUUUAGCCACUUACUAGCUGUAUGAUCUUGGAUGAGUUAAAUCCUCUGAAUUUCAUUUUCCCCACUUCUACAGUGGGAAUAUUACCUACUUGGCAUUACCGUGACAUUAAAUAUAACACAGGUGUGGAAACACCUGGCCCAGGUAUUGGCAUAAUGUUUAAUACUGCACGUCUCCUGAAACAUGUACACUGAUGUCUUUCCAUAGUAAGGAUGAAUUUGUAGCAGAAGGUACAAAAUUUGUAGAUUUAAACUAAGAAGCCUUGGUGGCACAGUGGUUAAGAGCUUGGCUAGCUAACCAAAACGUCAGCAGUUAAAAUCCAGUCGCUCCUUGGAAACCCUAUGAGGGUGUUCUACUUUGUCCUAUAUAAGUCAAAAUCAAGUGGGUGGCAACAGGUUUGAGUUUUGGUUUUGAAGCAAAGAAAAUUUCAAGAAUGUCUUUUAAAAAAGAAAUGCAUUUAUAACCUCUCUCUCAGAACUUGUCUAAUAAUCUGUUAUAGCAAGAAGAAAAGUUGAUACUGUGUUAACCAAACAUAAAAUCACCUGUAACAAUCAUAACUGUACCUCUUCAGAUUACUGAAAUACGCUAAUAAAAGGUUAUCACUAAGAAACUUAGAAAGAGCUGCUGAAACUGGUAUGGACUUGUCAAAGCUUUUCUGAGAUGAACUGGUUAUUCGAAAGGCUGCUUCCUGUCUUGGUGCCUCACUGAGACGUAAAGGAUUGGGGCUGUAGUUCCCAGAGCUGUGUUUUCUAUGGAAAAAUUGCCGAGGUUUGUCAACUGCUGAGAAAGACAGGGAUUCUGGAAUAUUUCAGCCCUUACUCAGGUGCUGAAAUGAAUGUGAAUCUACCCCUUAAGAAAAACCUUGGCUUUGUCUACAUGCCCAUUGCCAUUUGAGUCAAUUCCAACUCAUAACGACCUAUAGGACAGAGCAGAACUGCCCCAUAGGGUUUCUGAGGUGUGGCUGGUAGACUCAAACUGCCAACCUUUUUGGUUAGCAGCCAAGAUCUUAAGCCAGUGAGCCAUGAGGGCUCCAAUGCCUGUAUAGUACUAUAUGGCAUACUUCCAUGCAAAGUUGGGGGUUUCCCAUACAGGUGACAGAAUGUCACAGGCAAAUAAGAUUAUUUUUCCCUCCUUUUCCUCUCUCUCCCAUCACUUUUCCUCCCCAUCUAAACAAAAAACCUGAUUUCCAAAGGGAUCUGCUUUCAAUUAACAGCACAAUGCCAUGGCUGCCCUGGAUAGUGCUAACAGUUAAGUCAUGCUGGACUACUAGCCGAAAAGGUUGGCAGUUUGAAACCACCCAGAGGCACCUCAGAAGGCAAGCCUGGCAAUCUGCUUCUGAAAGGUCACAGCCCUGAAAACCCCAGGAGCAGUUCUACUCUGCACGCAUGGGGUCACCACGAGUCAGAAUCGACUAAUGACAUCAAAUAACACAAUGCCAAAGCUGCCCUCAAAGAGUAUAUACCAUUGAAAAUUUUGCAAUACAGGUCCUAGCAAGGGCCUAGCUGAGAGAAGUGCUUGGGGAAAAUCACCCACAUAUAUGUCGUCCAUGGUAGUCUUAGUGUUUUCCAACAAUUCCUAAAAAGCAAAAUACAUGGACCACUUUAGCUUUUUUCCCUGGUAAAAUCACCUACUCUGAGUUGGACUUUAUACCUUCAGCUUUUGUCAAGAAAUUAUUAUAAAAAGCCAUAUAAAAAUUGAUUUUGUAUUUAUUAUAAAUUGUUGCUGAGGACUUGGUCAUUAUAUUUGCUCAAUGGCCUCUGUAAGUAUAAUGUCAGAAAUUACUUUUAGAAUUUAAUGUCACGACAAAUGUAGACUGCCUUUUUGAGAAUGAGAAUUGUAAACAUAUUUUCUCUUUUGCUCUGACUUCUAUCUGAUGAACACUGUAAAUAGAUAGCUUUUACCUACUUUCAGAGCUGUGAUUUACUACUUCCAUUUUUCAUUAUCCCUAUAAGCCACUUCUUACUUUGUCAGGAAAGAGAUGGGGUAAAGUUUAGUUAAUGAUGCUAAAAUCUAUGAGAGGUGACCCAUAUAUUAUUACUAAAACAUACUAAAAAAAAAAUACUGCUUAAGAAUAAAUAUUUCAAACAAAAUAAGUAUCUACUAUUAAAUAUUUUUAAUAUUAAAAGAUGCUUAUGAGUCCUGAAGUUCACCUGACUGUAAAAGAUACUGGAAUAAGGAUUACGAAUUUGAAAUAUAAAAAAAAAUCUAGAAAUAGUCAUGUCAGAACUUAGAUGCUAAAACAUUUAUACUUAUUAUAAACUUCAAUUUAAUUUUUCUUUACUCAUAAAUGAUUUCAAAUUGUAAUUUAUUUGACAUUUCUUAAUUGGCAUUUUUAAUUGAAAUGGAAAAAUACUGAUAAAUGAAAAUUGAUAUUGAGACAAACUAAAAUUUCUACAGCCUAAGAGCUACUUUGUUUAUAUGGAAUCUAUUUCAACAAUAAUAUUAUUUGUUGUGCUAUUUUUAUAUGUUUUGUUUACAGUAAUACAAUAAUACUAAAAAAGAUCAUGAAUUUUUGAUAGGUUUGUGAACCAAAACCUACAUUUAAACUUCUAUUUCAUUUUUUAAAAAAAAUUUAUAUUCCUAACACAAGAUUUUUUUCUCUACCCCUAAAUAUCUCUUCCAGAAUCACACAUUUCAAUAAAGUUUAAUUAGAUUAAAAAAAAAUUUUUUUAAUCUAAUUAAAGUUUAUUAAUGUUGAGUUUUACUGUCAUUUUCAAUAUUAUUUCCUUCUUGGCCAUUCCUCUUUAAUCAUUUAGCACUCUUAUAAAUUUUGUCUGCUAAACCUAAGUCUUUUUUUUUUUCUUUGUGAUUCUCUGUAUUUUUUCAAACACCAAACCUGGUCUUAAUGGAGUCCUUGGAUGGCACAAAUGGUUAAGCACUCAACUACUAAACCAAAAGGUUGGCAGUUCGAACCCACUUAGAGGUGCCUUGGAAGACAGACCUGGUGAUCUGCUUCUGAAAGGUGACAGCCUUGAAUGCCCUGUGGAGCAGAUCUACUCUGCAUACAUGGGGUUGCCAGGAGUCGCAAUCAACUCAGUGGCACUAACAACAAACCUGGUCUUGUUUAAAUUAAAUAGAAGAAUACUAAAAAAGAGAUUCUCCUGUUAUUUUAUUUUGUUGAUCCCAGUAGCUCAUCUGCAUCUUAACAUUCAAUGUCCCCGUUUUCUCCACAGUUGUUAAAUUUUAAAUAAGUCACAACUAUAAGUGAAUAAUUGUAGCUAUAUUAUCCCAUGUGGGUUUAACUAUGCCCAAUUAAAUCAUAUAAUUAGUGUUGAUUAUAAAAAUAACCAAAAACAACUAAAGUACAUCUGAUUGUUGCCAUUGUAAUUCAUAGUUACCAUCUUCUUUAAGGUGCUUCCAAUUUAUCUGUUUUGCUGCUUUUUUACACAUUUUAUCCAUUUGUGUCAAUCUUAGUGCCUGGUCAUUUUUCCUCAUUAAUUGUUGCUCAAAUGCAAUUCUGAAUGCGUCUGCCAUUAUGUAAGCUUCUUCUUUACUCUUCUGUAAAAGUUCCAACUGUUUUUGAAAAAAAGUUUGGGAGGUAUCAGAGGCAAAACCAGAACAAUUCUUGCCUGAAUGCUGAGUUUGACUAGCAGUCUCCCUGUUUCCGGUCACACUCAGUGCCUAGCACAGGUCUAUUGCCUUUCAUCUACUUAGACUAAUUAGUACUUGCUGAUUCUCUUCUGCAGUAGCUGCCCACUCUGAACUAGAUCACCAGCAGUUUCCCUUGCGGUGCCUCCCUGCUACUCUAACUCUUGGACCUCACUACUCUAGACUGGCCCUGUGUGCGUCCUGCCCAAAUUCCAGGAGGAAGGGCCCCAUGAGAAAGAAUAGAGGAUGGCAAAGGCUACGUUAGAAUUCUGCCUCGUGUCAUUCCAGACAGUAACACCAAAAAUAAUUGUGAAUGCCACCUUUGAAUACCUCCCAUAGCUGACCCUGACUCUCAUCUAUGUCAUCUUAUGCUCAUAACCAUACUUUCUUUUAUUCUCGGUGAAUUGCUAAUGUUUAGCUGCUAGCUUUCUCUAUUCUCUGAAGCCUUUAAUUCAAAUUCCCUACCUUUAGUAAAGGUAAAAUGUUUUAGAAUUACAGUUCAUGUACUGUAUUUGUAAUUCAAGCCUAAUUAUGAUGGCAGCUACCACUUGAUUAAAUGUCUGACAUGUAUAUGGCACUGUGCUGAACACUAUAUGUCUAUUUAUUCCAUUACCCAUAACAACAUUCUAAGGUAGUCACUGCCCUCCACUUAUCAUAUGAGAAAACUAAGACUUAACUUCUCCAAAGUCACACAGCUAGGAAAUGAUGGAGCUAUGAUUCAAACCUAGGUCUGUCUGGCACAAAAGUUAUUUCCCCUAUACCCUGCUGCCUUUCUGAUACCUGUUUAUCUUUCUGUUAAUCAAUGUCAUUUCUUCUAGUGGUUUUAAGAAACAUAAAUGCACCUUUUUCUUCUAUUACACAGUAAUUUAAGGGCCAUGUAUAGAUAACAGAAAUAUGAAUUUAGGAAAUAUUGACGACAAACUUAGGUAAGCAACUGGACCUGGCUUCACAGAUGUUAUGCCAAACACUAUGUGUACUCUGAAACCAUGUAAACAAAACCUGGUUUAUAAGCUAAUUCUAUCUUAUAAAACUAAGAAUUCCAUAGACAAUGAUUACUAAAAUGAAGUUAGUUACUGCAGAUACUUCCAUUUAUUCUACUAUUAAUAGAGAAACAAAUCCAAAGCUUUGGCUGUUCUGAUAAUGCAGUACCUCUUGUUUCAACUGAAGAAGCAGUUUGCGAGUAGAUGCUGCCAUUUUGGCGCAGGAACAGGGGCUCCCUCCAGGACCAUGGCAAAGGCAGGCUCCAAGGACUGCAAGCUUUAAAUCCAAAAGCAUUACUCCCAUUGCUAACUGACUGUCCCACUGCUUUAGUACACUAAACACAAGGGCACCCACACACAAUCCCAGGCACAUUACUACUCAAACAUCUGAUCCAAAGAAACUGGAAAAGGGAAAAAAAAAAAUAGGAGAAGGCAAGCUAAGACCAGGGUUUAAGGAUCCAGGUGACAUUAAUCACAAAUGAGGAAAGACUUAUUACUUGGACAAAAAACAUAAAGGAAUUCUUUCUUCCUUCUUUUCACUCUUAAAAUCUUUAGCCUUGACAUCAGUCUCCUAGUUAUGAGUCCUUAACACUCACAUCCACAGUGUGGGUCUCCUGAGACUGGGCUAUUCCCUGAUGCCAGCAUUCACACUGCCACUUCCCUCCAGGGAGAGCUGUGUGCUCAGAAAUAAGGGGUGAGUUUUAAUGUUAAUGAAAAAAACACAAUCUUCCCCACCCCUAAGAAAAUACUGUAUAAUCCUGUAGUAUGUUCUUACGUAUGUGUUAGCCACUCCACUGUUUGGAGUUCCUUGUGGCCCUGAUCCCUCAAAAUCUAUGCAUCACAAUGAAGAAAACAGUCCAUACAUGGGUCCUUCCUGGUUGACCACCGUAGCUGGGAUAAAAGUAAGUGGUUUACUUCUUUGACCCAUUUUGGCAACUAACCACAAGUUAAUUUCACAGCAUAUUCCAAUUCCUACCAAUAUGAAGGGGGCAGUCUUGCAACAUAUUGUGCCGUAUCUUUUAAAGUUUCUUGUGGAACUUAUUACAUUGUCUAAGCUUCCCCUUGCUGUAAAGUUCACAUGGACAGGCUGAUUUAAAAUAUGAUCCUGUUUUAGAGACCUUUAGAGAGGAAGCUUCCAUUGCCUCCCUUAGCAUAAAGACCAUUUCAGAAAACUCUUCCUCAUACCAAAGAUAACUGUGAAGCAGAGUUAACUCUCAGUUGACUGGACAAAUGGUGAACAUGUGGCAAAUUGGUAAUAUCCCUUUUUACUUUCCCACUACUCACAGUUGCCACUUGCCAAAGUUGCCAAGAGCAGCUAAGACCUGGGAAGGGCCAAUAUAAAAAUGUGAGGCUUUGGCAAGGACUUUUGAAUCCUAAUUCUACUUCUUUGUCUUGGCUCUUCAUCAACUGGGUCAGGGUCCUCUUUGGCCUAAAGCACCCUUUUCCUGAGUGUUCUCUCAGUUGAGCUUUUUUUGUUUAUCCUUCUUGCUAUGACACUAGUUUUCCACCCAUGGCAAUCAAUAGAGCAGAGUGUUCUUGAAAGCACAGACUUUAAACCCAGACUACCUGGGUACAAAUCCCAGUGCCACCACUUACAAGCUGUGUGACAUUAGACAAGUUACUUAACCUCUCUGUGCCUUGUUACCUCAUUUGUAAAGAGGGAUUAUAAUAGUACCACCUCAUGGUGUAGUUGUGAGAAUUAAAUGUAUAGCACUUAAAACAAUAUCUGAAACUUAUUAAGGAGCCCUGGUGCAAUAGUGGUUAAGUGCUUGGCUGCUAGCCAAAAGGUCAGCAGUUCAAGUCCACCAGCCACUCCUUGGAAACCCUUUGAGGCAGUUCUGCUGUCAGAAUCGAUUCAACAGUAAUGAGUUUUUGGUUAGUAUGCGUGUGUUUGCUAUUAUUAAUAAUUGCUUUUUAAAAAGUUCUCAUUAAUGAGUGCUAGCCCCUCUCACUCCACUGUUAGCUUCCUACUUCUUAUGAGUCCUAGGACCCUUUUUGCCUUAUUAGCCAAACUCCUACACUGAAAGACUUUUAACACCCCAGCAGGCAGUUAGCAGCACACCAGCAACUCUGGGUUCUGAACAUGGCUCAACCAGAGAUUGACCAUCUCACAAUGGAGAAGUAAUCUCACCUAACCCUGAGCCUAAAUUCCUGUCUUUCUAAACUGGGGAUAGUGAUACCUGCUGUGCAGCCCUCACAAAACGACUACAAAAAUACUGUGUGAAAGUACUCCAACUGUAGGCCUCUUCGCAGAUAGGAGACGCUAACUACUAACACAGCCUCUGUUAAAACCAAAAACCUGUUGCAGUCGAGUCAGUUCCGACUCAUAACACUAUAAGACAGAGUAGAACUGCUCCACAGGGUUUCUGAGGAGUGGCUGGUAGACUCGAACUGCCAACUUUUUAUUUUGGUCAGCAGCUGAGCUCUUAACCACUGUCCCACCAGGGCUCCAUAGUGGUUUAGGCCUGGGAAAAGAGAGGCAGAGAUCCAGGGAAGUUGUUACAACUGUAAAAAUAAGAAAUCCAAGGGGCAGUAAGUGGCCAGCACAUUCCUUGGUGCCCAAGAACGUCAUGCACGAGGGGCAUGAUACCAGCAAAGCUGAGAACUGACCUUGGCAUGACCCAGGACCUCCCUCACUCUCAGUCUCAAAUGACUAAGGAUGUUGCUACCUUAGCGCAUGUACCAAAAGGGCAAUGAGGGUAAAGAAAAGGAAAGGAGAAAAUGUCCCUGCUGUUCAGCUUUCAUACAUGCUUACUUACCUCAAGAGCUGAAAUCUCUGUAAAGCAGCUGCUUUUGCUAUGGCACAUAUUUUCCUGAGCCAUCUUCUGCUGUUUGAUAUCAAGCAUUGCAAGGGCCUCCAAGUACUGCUGAUUCAAAACUAGGAAGAAGCAUGUAAAAACAAGUGAUGAGGUCUAAUGACAGUUUUAUCUAGUCUAGUUAUACCAACAGCAUAUAUUCAUUUCUCAUAGGCAGUAUAUAUAAAACAGACAUGACCCACAGGAGCUAGCCCUGUCCAGAAAAUUAAACACAGGACUAGUAGGUGUCAAGUGAGAUAAUACAUAUGUAAUUACAUACUGGUAAUAAACAGAAUUACAUUUGAUUCUCAGUUGCUCUUCGAAAAUUUGUAGGAUUUUCAAAAAGGGAACAUGCAAAGGCAAAUUAUUCAGAGACUGCAGACACACAUUAACUAGGUGAUAUAUUUAGUAUAAAUGUCAAACAUAACAGCUAUCCAAACUCUAUCAAAUUUUUCUCUUAGUUAAGAGUUUUCACAAGAGUCCCUCAAACCAAACAUUCAGAACCAGAGGUGUCCUGCUAUCCACUGGGUAGUAGGAACAGUAACUUUUCCCCUCUUACUGCAGGGUGAAGCGGUAGGGAAGGGGAGAGGGAGCUGUGGUUAUGAGCAGAGUCUGUCGUGAACAAAGGCGAGGGACCUAAUCUAACACAGGAGGGAGGAGUCGCCAUCUGCUCUCAUCACUGGUCCUGAGGAGCAUCAGCUGUGCGGGUAGAGCUCCCCUGGAGGCACUGACAUAGUUAGUUACGACACUACAGCAAGCGUCUCUCUCUGCCCCACGACCUCACUUACAUCUUUUAUCCCCUCCUGUUUUAAACAUAUCUUUAAAAUAGCUUCUGCUAAGAAAGGAGUGUCAGCAUCUUAAAAUUUUAUUAAAAGUUGGUACCGAACACCUCUUAAUAUCCUUUCAUCAACUUUUAUCAGAAAGCAGCGCAUUUGAUAAGGGGUGUGUGUGUGUGUUUAAAAAUUAAAAUCCCUUUUUUUUUUAAAUUGUGCUUUAGGUGUAAGUUUACAGCUCAAGUUAGUUUCUCAUACAAAAAUUAAAAUUCUUUCAAAUGUCUUGAAAAAUUACGAAUAUUUGUAUUACUGAUAAAGUCACAGAAGACACUGUUCUAUAAUGAGAAAAUGAUCUUGAAUAGCUACAUAAUUAUAUACUUUACCUACUUGUGUCCCAGUGACAGAUAUACCUACUCAGAUUCCUCAAAUAUCUGGUGCUGUACGAUUUUACUUUACACUGAGUAUAAAAACUAAAUGAUGCAUUUCUUCCCUCUAUUAGCCUUAAGAUAUACUACUUCCAAAUACUAGCAUUUUGUCUGUACUGAGAUCUGUGUUCUUAAUAUAGGGCACUAUAUAAAACUAAUUUUUUAACAAUGUUAAAAGGAAUCAUGAAAAUAACACUACUUACUUGCAUUUUCAGACCGUAGCAUUUUAAUUUCUUCUGUUUUCAGUUUUAGAGUUUCUUUGAGGACUACAUUUUCACAGUUCAGUCUGGGGAAAAAAAAAUCCCUCCAAAUAAAUAAUAACACUUCCUACUUGAAUAUUCUUAUUUCCAUAGUCAGAAAACAAAAACCAUAAUAUAAUUUUUCCUACUUCAAAACAGUGUAGAAUUUACCUGUUGCAGAGGUAAAACAACUCUUAUGCUCUUCUUUAUACUUAGUUGAGAAACAGUCAGAAUCAGAAAUAUCUCUAAGACAUCAUUUUGCAUACUCAUUCUUUUUAUCAUGUUUUAAUUCAACUUAACAACCAUUUGAACACCAACUACAUGCUUAGGCCACUUUCAAAAACAUGCACAAAAAAGAUACGCAGGGGUCAAGGUUAACAUCCUGGUAACGGGACAAAUCAACACCAGAAGCCUUCUGAUAUGAUGCACUGGGAAGACCACAUUGCUUCAGUGAUACUCCUGCCAGAAAUGCAUAACUUGAAUUUAAUCCAGAAAUGCCAGGCAUACCCAGGUGUGGGACACUCUAUAAUUGGCCUGUACUACACAAAAAGGUCAAGGUCAUGAAAGACAAAGAACGACGGAGGAAUUAUUUCAGAUUAAAGGAAGUUAAAGUUUAGACGUAACGACCAAACCCAAUGUGGAUUCCGAAGCAGGAAAUAUUUUUUCUCUUUUGCUAUAAGGGCAUUGUUAGAUCAACUGGCCAAAUCUGAGUAAGGUUUGUAGAUUAAAUGAUAGUAUUAUGUCAGUGUUAAUAUCUUGACUCUGAUAAUUAGACUAUGGUUAUGAAAGAGAAUGUCCUUUUUUUUUUUUAAAUAUAAACAAGUAUUUAUUGUAAAAAAACAAAAACCCGUUGCUGUCAAGUUGAUUCUGACUCAGAGCAACCCUACAGAACAGAUUAGAAUUGCCCCGUAGGGUUUCCAAGGAGCAGCUGGUGGAUUUGAACUGCAGACCUUUUGAUUAGCAGCUAAACUCUUAACCACUGUCCACCAGGGUCCAUUUAGGGUACCCAGAACCCAACCCAGUGCCGUCGAGUCAAUUCCAACUCAUUGUAAGAGAGCCUUAUACGUGCAACUUUUAGAUGGUUCAUAAAAAUAUAUAUAUAUACUUACCUAGAGAUAAUGAGAGAAAUAAUGAUAAAGCAAAUAUGGCAAAAAGUUAAAAUUUGAGGAUUCUAGGUAAAGAUUUAUAGGAAUUCUUUGUACUGAUCUAGCAACUUUUCUCUAAGUCUUUAAUUAUUUCAAAAUAAAAAGUUAAAAAAUAAUAAAAACUUAGGCCAUCUAUAAUCCCAAAUAUCAAAUCAACUUCUCAAUGUUUGACUUUAUAAGUAUAUGUUAUAAUUUUAAAGUUACUAAAUAAACUCACACUAAUAAAAGAACAGCUCAAAAGAUUUCUGUUUGAAAAAAUAAACAGUUCCAAUGCUAAAAUAAUUAGGAUUUGGCUCUUUUACUGUAUUUAAAAAUUUAGUUACAUAUUGAAUUUGAAAAAAAAAAAAAAACGUGAAAAUUACCACUAACAGAAAAACAUGGAUAAGCAAAAAGAAAGAAUUUUAUAAUAUUUACAGUUAGCAUAAAGAAAAAGAAAGUCUAACCUACGGUUAAAUUACACACAUUUUAAGGAUUUCCAAAGAAAAACUAUGCGGUAAUAAUAUACAAACCUGUCAUACUUUUGGGUCCAAGAUUCCUCUAAAUUUUUAAAUCUAUUCUGAUCAAAUUCUAUUUCCCACUGCAAGGCAUUUAUUUCCUGUAGAAAGAAAAAUAGUGCUUUCAUGGAAAAUUACUGUCAAUACAUCAUUUGAGGACAUAGUAAAUAGCUGAAAUGAAUUGCUGAAUCAUUUCACAGAAAUGCUUUAAAGAGAAAACAUUUAAUUCUCGCUGAAAAGAGUCUAUCACAAUUGUAAGCUUAUAUAACACACCUCUUUAGCACUCAAAAAGUACUUAAUAUAGAAAAAAAUUUCAAAUUGUCUAGUUUCAAAAUUUGCUGGACUGAACCUGGACUUCUGAGCACCACGACUGCCCCCAUCCCCCACCACCCUCUUGGACUAGCCCAAGGUCCUCCCAUCAAGAGGAGGUAUACUAGGCACAGAAACAUGACUAAGAUAAUUCCUAACUACCUUUUUAGUGAUGAUGAGAUGGUGAAGAAGAAGCAGGCUCCACCAGGCAAGAAGAGGAAUUAAAAACCAAAAAAAUAAACUAGGAAAUGUCGAUUUGUCAGGCCUCCUACUACCUUAGAUUAGGAAAUAAAUGCAACCUUAAUUCUCUCUGACCAUGUGACAGUCUGUUUUGAACUGUAGGCUCCAAAAGGGAAAUGAGCAUAUGAAAUUGAAGCAUACCUAGCAGAGGGUAUGUACAAAUGACAUAUCCAUUACAAUGGUGAUUUGAAGAAAAUUCUAUUUAAAAUUUAUUGGAUUGCACGAAUCUUCUAAAAGUCACACACAUACCUUCUCCAAGGAUCUUUUUUGUUCCACAGUUUUUUGAAGCACUGCCUGGGUAUGACUUGUUGCUUUACCAAACACUGCCUAAGAAAAAUCAAAAUAAUAUUAGUGUAAACUGAAUUUCUAAUGAAUCCUAUAUAAACAGCGAGUUCACAUUUUUAAGAUAAUAGAGAAUUAACUUGAAAUGAGAAUUCCACGGUGACCACCUUUUGUGGACAAUUUGAUAGUUAAGGUAUCAGAUCUUUGGCUCUUUCCCAGGUUCUGCCGUAUAGAAAUUAUGUGAUUCUUAGAAGGAAGUGAAAGGGAUUAAAGAUUAUUAAGGACGUUAUUCAUGCUGCUACUUAUUUAAAUAAUUGAUAUCUCCCAUAUAUGGUAGCAAAUGUUUAAUAAUCAGCUCUCCCCUCAAAAAUGUCUGUGUAUGUAUAUUUGCCCCGAUGUGUCUGUUAGUUUGUCAUACUGUGGGUGCCUGCAUGUUGCUGUGAUGCUGGAAGCUAUGCCCCCAGUAUUCAAAUACCAGCAGGGUCACCCAUGGUGGACAAGUUUCAGCUGAAUGUCCAGACUAAGACAGGCUAGAAAGACCUGGCAGUGUGCUUCUGAAAAAAAAAAAAAAAAUAGCCAAUGAAAACCUUAUGAAUAGCAGUGAAACACUGUCUGAUACAGUGCUGGGAAAUGAGCCCAUCAGGUUGGAGGGCACUCAAAAGACGACGGGGGAAGACCAGCCUCUUCCAAGUAGAGUUGACUUUAAUGACAUGGAUGGAGUCAAGCUUUCAGGACCUUCAUUUGCUGAUGUGGCAUGACUCAAAAUGAGAAGAAGCAGCUGCAAACAUCCAUUAAUAAUAGAAACAUGAAAUGUAUGAAGUAUAAAUCUAGGAAAAUCGGAAAUCAUCAAAAAUGAAAUGGAAUGCAUGAACAUCGAUAUCCUCGACAGUAGUGAGCUGAAAUGGACUGGUAUUGGCCAUUUUGAAUCGUACAAUCAUAUGGUCUACUAUGCCAGGAGUGACAAAUUGAAGAAGAAUGGCAUUGCAUUCACUAUAAAAAAGAAUAUUUCAAGAUCUGUCCCCAAGUACAAAGCUGUCAUUAAUAAGCUAAUAUCCAUUAAAUUUUUUUUUACAAGGAAGACCAGUUAAUACGACUAUUAUUACAAUUUUCACACCAACCACUAAGGCCAAAAAUGAAGAAAUUGAAGAUUUUUUUCCAACUUCUGCAGUCUGAAGUUGAUCAAAGGUGCAAUCAAGACGCAUUGAUAAUUACUGGUGAUUGGAAUAUGAAAGUUGAAAAUAAAGAACUAGUAGUUGGAAAAUAUGGCUGUGGUGACAGAAACAAUGCCAGAGAUCUCGUGAUAGAAUUUUGCAAGACCAAUGACUUAUUCAUUGCAAAUACCUUUUUUCACCAACAUAAAUGGUGACUAUACAUGUGGACCUCACCUGAUGGAACACACAGGAAUCAAAUGACUACAUCUGUGGAAAGAGACAAUGGAAAAGUUAGAACAAGGUGAGAAGCUGACUGUAGAAGAGACCAUCAAUUGCUCAUCUGCAAGUUCAAGCUGAAGCUGAAGAAAAUUAGAACAAGUCCACGAGAGCCAAAGAUUAUCCUUGAGUAUAUCCCACCUGAAUUUAGAGAUCAUCUCAAGAAUAGAUUUGAUGCACUGAACGCUAAUGACUGAAGACCAGGUGAGUUGUGGGAUGACAUCAAGGACAUAAUACACGAAGAAAGCAAGAGGCCAUUAAAAAGUCAGGAAAGAUCCUAGAGAAAUAAGAGCCUUUACACGAACAGAUAUAUGCACACCCAUGUUCACUGCAGCACUGUUUACAAUAGCAAAAACAUGGAAGCAACCAAGGUGCCCAUCAACGGAUGAAUGGAUAAAUAAAUUAUGGUAUAUUCACACAAUGGAAUACUACGCAUCAAUAAAGAACAGUGAGGAAUCUGUGAAACAUUUCAUAACAUGGAGGAACCUAGAAGGCAUUAUGCUGAGUGAAAUUAGUUGCAAAAGGACAAAUAUUGUAUAAGACCACUAUUAUAAGAACUUGAGAAAUAGUUUAAACUGAGAAGAAAACAUUCUUUUGUGGACACGAGAGGAGGGAGGUUGGGAGAGGGGUAUUCACUAAUUAGUUGGUAGAUAAGAACUACUUUAGGUGAAGGCAAAGACAGCACACAAUACAGGGGACGUCAGCACAAUUGGACUACACCAAAAGCAAGAAGUUUCCUGAAUAAACUGAAUGCUUCGAAGGCCAGUAUAGCAGGGGCAGGGGUUUGGGGACCAUGAUUUCAGGGGACAUCUAAGUCAAUUGGCAUAAUAAAAUCUAUUGAGAAAACAUUCUGCAUCCCACUUUGAAGAGUGGCAUCUGGGGUCUUAAAGGCUAGCAAACAGCCAUCUAAGAUGCAUCAAUUGGUCUAACCUACCUGGAUCAAAGGAGAAUGAAGAACACCAAGGACACAAGGCGAUUACGAGCCCAAGAGACAGAAAGGGCCACAUGAACCAGCAACUACAUCAUCCUGAGACCAGAAGAACUAGAUGGUGCAAGGCUACAACCGAUGACUGCCCUGACAGGGAACACAACAGAGAACCCCUGAGGGAGCAGGAGAGCAGUGGGAUGCAGACCCCAAAUUCUCAUAAAAAGACCAGACUUAAUGGUCUGACUGAGACUGGAAGGACCCCGGUGGUCAUGGCCCCCAGACCUUCUGUUGGCCCAAUAUGGGAACCAUUCCCAAAGCCAACUCUUCAGACAUGGAUUGGACUGAACAGUGGGUUGGAGAGGGAUGCUGGUGAGGAGUGAGCUUCUUGGAUCAGGUGGACACUUCAGACUAUGUUGGCAUCUCCUGCCUGCAGGGGAGGUGAGAGGGUGGAGGCGGUUAGAAGCUGGUGAAAAGAACAGGAAAAGAGAGAGUGGAGGGAGAGAUCAGGCUGUCUCGUUAGGGGGAGAGUAAUUGGGAGUAUGUAGCAAGGUGUGUAUACGUUUUUAUGUGAGAGACUGACUUGAUUUGUAAACUUAAAGCACAAUAAAAAUUAUUUUAAAAAAAAGGAAAGAAAGAUAAGACCAAAAUGGAUGUCAGAAGAGAAACUGAAACUUGCUCUUGAAUAUCAAGUAGCUAAAGCAAAUGGAAGAAAUGAUGAAGUAAAAGAUCUGAACAGAAGAUUUCAAAGGGCAGCUAGAGAAGACAAAGUAAACUAUUAUAAUGUCAUGUACAAAGACCUGGAAUUAGAAAACCAGAACGGAAGAACACGCUCAGCAUUUCUCGAGCUGAAAGAACUGAAGAAAAAAUUCAAGCCUCAAGUUGCAGUAUUGAAGGAUUCUAUGGAGAAAAUAUUAAACGAUGCAGGAAGCAUCAAAAGAAAAUGGAAAGAACACAGUCACUGCACCAAAAGGAACUGGUCAACAUUCAAUCAUUUCAGAAGGUAGCACGUGAACAAGAACUGAUGGUGGUACUGAAGGAAGAAGUCCAAGCUGCACUGAAGGCAUUGGCGAAAAACAAGGCUCCAGAAUUGACAGAAUACCGAUUGAGAUGUUUCAACAAAUGGAUGCAGCACUGGAGAUGCUCGUCUAUGCCAAGAAAUUUGGAAGACAGCUACUUGACUGACCAACUGGAAGAGAUCCAUAUUUAUACCUAUUCCAAAGAAAGGUGAUCCAACAGAAUGUGGAAAUUAUCAAACAAUACCAUUAAUAUCAAACACGAGCAAAAUUUUGCUGAAGGUCAUACAAGAGCAGUUGCAGCAGUACAUUAACAGGGAACUGCCAGAAAUUCAAGCCGGAUUCAGAAGAGGACAUAGAAGGAGGGAUAUCAUUGCUGAUGUCAGAUGGAUCCUGGCUGAAAGCAGAGAAUACCAGAAGGAUGUUUACCUGUGUUUUAUUGACUAUGCAAAGGCAUUUGACUGUGUGAAUCAUAACAAAUUAUGGAUAACACUGUAAAGAACGGGAAUUCCAGAACAUUUAAUUGUGCUCAUGAGGAACCUGUACAUAGACCACAAGGCAGUUGUUCAGACAGAACAAGAGGAUACUGCAUGGUUUAAAGUCAAGAAAGGUAUGCAUCAGGGUUGUAUCCUUUCAUCAUACUUAUUCAAGCUAUAUGCUGAGCAGAUAAUCUGAGAAGCUGGACUAUAUGAACAAGAACAGGGUAUCAGGAUUGGAGGAAGACUCAUUAACAACCUGCAUUAUGCAGAUGAUAAAACCUUGCUUGCUUAAAGUGAAGAGGACUUGAAACACUCAUGAAGAUCAAAGACCACAGCCUCCAGUAUGGAUUACACCUCAACAUAAAGAAAACAAAAAUCCUCACAACUGGACCAAUAAGCCACAUCAUGAUAAAUGGAGAAAAAAUUGCAGUUGUCAAGGAUUUCAUUUUACUUGGAUCCACACGUCAACACCCAUGGAAGCAGCACUCAAGAAAUCCAAUGACGUAUUGCUGCAAAAGACCUCUUUAAAAAGCAAAGAUACCAAUUUAAGGACUAAGGUGCACCUGACCCAAGCCAUGGUGUUUUUAAUCACCUCAUAUACACACAAAAGAUGAACAAUGAAUAAGGAAGACCAAAGAAGAAUUGACACCUUUGAAUUAUGGUGUUGGUGAACAAUCUUCAAUAUAGCAUGAACUGCUAAAAGAACGAACAAAUCUGUCUUAGAAGAAGUACAGCCAGAAUGCUCCUUAGAAGCAAGGAUGGCGAGACUACAUCUCAUAUACUUUGGACCUGUUAUCAAGAAGUACCAGUCCCUGGCGAAGGACAUCAUCCUUGGUAAAGUAGAGGGUCAGUGAAAGAGAGAAGAUCCUCGAUGAGGUGGAUUGACACAGUGGCUGCAACAAUGGGCUUAAGCGUAACAAUUGUGAGGAUGGCACAGAGCCAGGCAGCAUUUCUUUCUGUUGUACACAGGGUUGCUGUGAGUCAGAACUGACUUGAUGGCACCUAACAACAACAACAAUGUAUAUUUGUGUGUGUGUGUGUGUAUAUGUAUACAUAUAUACACGAUAUGUGUAUGCAUUAUGUGUAUAUAUAAAUUGUACUGAUACAAUGAAUGUGAGACAUAUAAUGUAUAAAUAAUAACAAUUGAUCUCACAGAAUGCUUUUGUAAAUUUAUAUCUGUAGUCAGUCUAUGAUCACAGUUGAUGAAUAAGUAUAGUUCAGACCUGAAUGUUGGUUGAUAUUUGGUUUACUUUAAGGAGUAAGAUAAAAGAAGACAUAUGUUGGAACUUCACUCAUUUGUCAAUGCCAUAAGAACAACCUCUUUACUGAAUCAGAUAAUAGUAAAAUGUAAAAUUACUAAGACAUGAUGAGUUUUUAGUACUGUCACCUUUAUUUUUAAUAUAUUUGGCUUUAAGUUUAUGUAACUUAUAAUAAUGGCUAUGCUCAACAAACAGCUAGAACAAUUUCUGGAAAUAUAAGCAUUGGGUUUCAUAAGCUGAUACAGGCUAAUUGCAGCACACCACUGAUUACCUCACAUAAGCUGCACCUUGUUUUGUCAUCUAAAAGGAAAACAAAUGCAAGGGUAAAAAUCAAGAAUGUAAAAAGAGGACAAAGAUAGUGAAGAAUGGGCCAAGAAAUAAAAUCCAAAACAAAAUAAAAAUAAAAACUAUAUUAAUGACCAAGAAGUAUAUGAAAAGAUGCUCAGCACCAUUAGUCAAUAAAAAAAAAAAAAAAAAAAUUGUGUAUGCAAAUCAAAACCACAAAAGGACACCCAGUAGGAAAGGGUGAAAAAAAAAGAAAAUAGCAAGUACUGGAAAAAAUGUAGGGAAACUGGAACCCUCAUACAUCGCUGGGAGUUACAGAAAAUGGUGUUGCCAUUUUGGAGAACAGUACGGCAGUUUCUUAAAAACGUUAAUAAAAAUUGGCUAUGUGACCCAGCAGAGCCCUGGUAGUGCAGUGGUUAAAAGCUUGGCGGCCAACCAAAAGGUGAGCAGUUUGAAUCCACCAUCCACUCCUUGGAAACCCUAUGGGGCAGUUCUGCUCUGUCCUAUAGGGUCGCUAUGAGUUGGAAUCGACUUGACAGCAAGAGUAUAUGACCCAGCGAUUCUACCUCUGGGUAUGCAUGUACUCACAAGUAAUGAAAACAUAUGUCCACACAAGGACCUGUGCACAAAUAUUCCUAACAGUAUUAUUCAUAUAGCCAAAAAGUGGAAACAACCCAAAUGUCCAUCAACUGGUGAAUGGAUAAACAAAAUAUGGUACAUAAUAGAAUAUCAUUUGCAAUAAAAAGGAACAGAAUAUAGAUACAUGCUAAAAUACGCAUAAGCCUCAAAAACAUUCUGAUCAAAAGAAACUAGAUGGAUGACAUCAUAUAUAUUACAUGAUUCUAUUUAUAUGAAAUAUGAAAGGGAAAUCUACAAGACAAAAGUAGAUUAGUGGUUGGAGACACAGGUGUGACUGACUACUAAUGGUAACAGGUUCUCUUUUUAGGGUGAUAGAAAUGUUCUAAAAUUAAAUUGUGGUGUUGGUUGCAUAACUCUGUAAACUUAGUAAAAAGGAACUGAACUGUACACUUAGAAUUAGUGAUGUUUAUGGUACGUAAAUUAUAUCUCAAAGCUGUUAAAAAACUCUAUACCUCAAAAAAAAAAAUCUAUAUUAAGCAUUGUUGCUUUUAUUUUAAAGGCUGAAACCAUACUAUUUUUUUUAUAAUUUAUCUUAUUUUUGUUGUUGAGAUUAUACACAGCAGAACAUACACCAAUUCAACAGUUUCUACAUGUACAAUUCAGUGACGCUGAUAUACUCUUUGAGUUGUGCAACCAUUCUCACCCCCCUUUUCUGACUUGUUCCUCCCCCGUUAACAUAAACUCACUGCCCCCUGAGGUUUCUAUCUAAACUUCUGAGUUCCUGUUGUCAAUUCGAUCCCAUAUAGAUAGUUCUUAAAAAAGCACAAUGCUUAAGGCAGACAUUCUUUACCAGUAAAGCUAAACUAUUGUUUGGUUUUAAGAAGACUUCAGGGAAUAUUUUUGGUUUAAGGUUUAACACUUAUCUCAAGGCAGUAGUUUCAGGAGUUCAUCCAGUCUCCAUGGCUCCAGAAAGUCUGGAAUCCAUGAGAAUUUGAAAUUCUGUUCUGCAUUCUUUUAUAAAAUACCAGCUCAAAAUGUUCAAUAAUGGUAGCCAGGCAUUGUUCAAUUCUUCUUGUCUCUUGGCAAAGCAGGCAGUUGUUCAUGUAAGCAAUUACCCACACAUUUCUUCCUCCUACUCCUGACUCCUUCUUCCUCUGUUGCUCCAGGCAAGUACAGACCAAUUGUGCCUUGAAUGGAAAUGCUGGUGAUGUAGUGAUUAAGAGAUAUGGUUGCUCACCAAAAGGUUGGCAGUUCGAAUCUACCAGGUGUUCCUUGGAAACCCUAUGGGGCAGUUCUACUCCAUCCUAUAGGGUCACUAUGAGUUGGAAUUGACUGGACAGCAAUGGGUUUGGUUUUAUGGGUAUCUUGAAUGGCCAUUUGCAAGCUUUUAAGACCACAGGCACUAUGCAAUGGAUUAGGAGGUAUGGCAGAAACACAAAACACGUUAUUAGGUCAGUUAACUGGGAUGUACCAUGAAAGAUACCACUUAUUAUUGGAAUGUUUAAGUGACUAAAUUUUAAAAGUAACUUCUUACCAUGCUUUGAAGAAUUUUCAAUGCUUCCUCUUUACCUUCAAGUUGUCUUUGACAUGCCUCAAGCUCAGUUUUUAAAACUUCUACUUCCUGAGGGCAGAAAUAAAAUUAGUCUUCCCAUCUACAGAUACACAAUCGAAACAUUAUCAAUUUGGCUAAUGCACAUUUAAUCUUGGCUCAAAGCACUUUGACUUUACAAAUGAAAUUGGAAAUUCUUCUAGGCUUUGUAAGUGUCUAGAGAGGCUGAAAUUGAGAGCCUCACUAUCAGGUGCCAGUUGUGCCCAAAAGCCCAAAUCUUUUGCUUUUACCCAUCUAGGACACACAGCUAAUAGUUUGAGGAAAAAAUAUCUUUAGGCCUCAUAAAAUAAGCACAUGGCCAUCCACACACUAUAUUCAUUUUCACCAUAAGAGUCACAAAUCUACACUAAUAUGGGCUUCCUCCUUCCCAGACCACAGGCACCCUUCAUAGAAACUCCUACUUCCACCAGUCUGGAUGGACUCCUCAAGCCACAGGGAUACUUGUUCUUCUGACUUCAAGGAGGUUAAAUUAAGUCAGGUUGUUUCAAGCCACAUGUACAAGGAAGGCAGAUAAAAAAAAGGAAGUGACAACUAUUUUCUCCAAGAGUAGACUAGAGAAGUAAGGCUGGCAGGGAGAAUAGUGGACACAUUUACAUAAGCAGACUCUCUGAGAGACAAGGAGGAUAGGAAACAGACCAGUUGAAAGAUAUAAGCUUUAGACUGUGGCUUAUUGAGAAUAUCUAGAAAGCCAAUAUUUGCCUUCCAUAUUUUAGUAUUAUUUAAACAAGAUACCUAUCAGCACACUUUAUUCAGAUGAAGAUUUUCGUAUUAGCCAAACUACCUACCUCUAAAGUUUCAUGAAGACGUUGCCUUAAUUCUACGUUUGACAAUUCUGAAUUGGAAUCUAUUUAAAAAAAAAAAAAAAGAACUUAAAAUUUUUCUUAACUAGUUAAAUACAAGAUAUUUGUUUACAAAAUAUCAAAUACAGGUUUCCCCUAAAUUGCAAAGAAAAAAGAAUUGUCAUAAUACAAGUAAUGAUGACAAUAUUUAGCUUACAACAUUUCACAAAUGAAAAUAUAUACUCUGAAUAAAAGUAAUGAAUAAAAACGACUCUAAAUUAAAACCAAGGUUAAUGAUUUGUUAAAUUACUACUUCCUAACACAAUAUAGAAAAGCAUGAAUCCUGGUGGGUAAAACAAAUCUUCUGGGGAUUUGGUUUAAGCCUGAUAGAUACAGUGAUAUGAGUAACUAAGAAAUAACCUGAAUUUAAUUUCCUUCCAAGGAGAAUGACCAGAAGUCUUGCAUAACUUUAAUUAUUCUCUCCUUAAUGUGAUCAAUUGAGAGUUUAAACUGAGCUUCCAAGCAGCUUCAUUUGCAUUGUGGUCUCACUGGCAAUAGAAAAACUUUAAAGUGGUAAGUUGCAAGCAAGAGGGUAAGAAGAAGAGAAAGGAAGAAUACUUUAAGGGACAUUAACAUUUUCUCAAAAUAUUAUUUUUCUUUGAUACUCUGAACUUUCAUCAACAUGACAGUACCAAGGCAAAACCUAAACUAUGUUUUUACUCUGACGAUACAGGAUUUCAUCAAGGAUGGACAGAUGUGACACUGAGUUGGCAAUAACAAAUUCUGUUCUAUUAAUACCUAUGGUAAGGAGAAUAAUGGCUCCUCACAAAUACCCACAUCUUAAUCCCUGGAACCUGUGAAUGUUACCUUGUGUGGCCAAGGGACUCUGCAUAUGUGGUUAAAAUAAGGAUCUUGGAAUGGGGCGGUUAUCCUGGAUUAUCUGGGCGGGCCCAAUCUAACCACAAUGGUCCUUACAAGAGGGAGGCAGGAGAAUCAGAGGAGAUGUGAUGACGGAACCAGAGGUCAGAGAGAGAUUUGAGACACUAUGCAAUCAGCCAAGGAAUGCAGGCAGCCUCUAGAAGCUAGAAAAGGCAAGGAAACAGGCUCUCUCCCAGGCUCCAGAAGGAAGCCACCCUUGCCAACACCUUGACUUUAGCCCAGUGAAACUCAGCACUUCUGACCUUCAGAACUGUAAGAUAAUAAAUUUGUGUUGUUUUAAGUCAUUAAGUUUGUGGUAAUUUGUUACAGCAGCAAUAGGAAACUAAUACAAUACUCUUGCCUAGGGUCACACCAGCUUUGAUAAAAAGACAAAAGUCCAUAACCCAACAAAACAGGCUCAUACUAUUAUCAAGUCCUGUUUAUAUUCCAGCUGUUUUAGCAUACUUUUUUGAAGGCGUCUUAGCAACAUGUUCAGUUUUCAACAUCUUGCUUGCAACAGUACCAUUCUGUUAUGGAAAAGAUAAGGAAUUGAAAGAAUUAUAUAAUACCAUCCUAAUUUCAAGAAGGGUUUUCAACAAUGUGGAUAGAUCGCAGGUUGCAAUGUGUUUUUCUGGAUCUGAAAUCACGUUUCUUAAAUUAUUUGUGUUUUGUUCGAAUUUAUGUUUGUUGACUUUUGGUGGGGAAGUCUCAGGAGAAGUUUUACAACAGGGAUUACAAAAGAUUCAGCAGACAAGAGCUGGCGCCACAGUGCAGGCAGGCACUCAUCCGAUUCCCCACUACUUUGAAGUUACAACAUUCUAUCACAGUAUGAUUCUGAAUUUUAUUCCUUCCUUAGUGUGAGGCAUGCAUCAGAGAAAUGCAAAUCAAAACUACAGUGAGAUUCCAUCUCACUCCAGCAAGGCUGGCAUUAAUUUAAAAAACACAAUAAAUGUUGGAGAGGUUGUGGAAAGACUGGAACACUUACACACUGCUGGUGGGAAUGUAAAAUGAUACAACCACUUUGGAAAUCCAUUUGCCGCUUCCUUAAAAAGCUAGAAAUAGAACUACCAUACGAUCCAGCAAUCUCACUCCUUGGAAUAUAUCCUAGAAAAAUAAGAGCCUUUACACAAACAGAUAUAUGCACACCCAUGUUCAUUGCAGCACUGUUUAUAAUAGCAAAAAGAUGGAAGCAACCAAGGUGCCCAUCAACAGAUGAAUGGAUAAAUAAAUUAUGGUAUAUUCACACAAUGGAAUACUACGCAUCGAUAAAGAACAAUGACGAAUCUGUGAAACGUUUCAAUACAUGGAGGAAUCUCGAAGGCAUUACGCUGAGUGAAAUUAGUCAAGUUGCAGAAAGGCAAAUAUUGUAUGAGACCACUAUUAUAAGAACUCGAGAAAUAGAUUAAAUAGAGAAGAAAAUAUUCUUUGAUGGUUACAAGAGUGGAGAGGGAGGGAGGGAGAGAGGUAUUUACUAAUUAGAUAGUAGACAAGAACUAUUUUAGGUGAAGGGAAAGACAACACACAGUACAGGAGAGGUCAACACAACCUGACUAAACCAAAAGCAAAGAAGUUUCCUGAAUAAGCUGAACUUUCGAAGGCCAGCGUAGCAGGGGCAGGGUUUUGGGGACCAUGGUUUCAGGGGACAUCUAGGUCAAUUAGCAUAACAAAAUCUAUCAAGAAAACAUUCUGCAUCCCACUUUGGAGAGUGGCAUCUGGGGUCUUAAACGCUAGCACGUGGCCAUCUAAGAUGCAUCAAUUGGUCUUAACCUACCUGGAGCAAAGGAGAAUGAAGAACACCAAAGAUACAAGGUAAUUAUGAGCCCAAGAGACAGAAAGGGCCACAUACAUCAGAGACGACAUCAUCCUGAGGCCAGAAGAAUUAGAUGGUGCCCAGCUACAACUGGGAUGACUUCCUUGACAGGGAACACAACAGAGAACCCCUGAGGGAGCAGACCUCAAGUUCUGUAAAAAGAGCAGACUUAAUGGUCUGACUGAGACUAGAAGGACCCCGGAAGUCAUAGUCCCCAGACCUUCUGUUAGCCUAAGACAGGAACCAUUCCCAAAGCCAACUCUUCAGACAGGGAUUGGACUGGACUAUGAAAUAGAAAAUGAUACUACUGAGGAGUGAGCUUCUUAGAUCAAGUAGACACAUGAGACUAUGUGGGCAGCUCCUGUCUGGAUGGGAAAUGAGAGGGUAGAGGGGGUCAGAAGCUGGCCAAAUGGACAUGAAAAUGGAAAGUGGAAAGAAGGAGUGUGCUGUCUCAGGGGGAGAGCAACCACGAGUAUAAAGGAAGGUGUAUAUAAAUUUUUGUAUAAGAGCCUGACUUGAUUUGUAAACUUCUACUUAAAGCACAAAAAAAAAAAAAAAAAAAUGAGGCAUGAAUUUCUUUUUGGUAUGGUAAAUUAAGUUGUGGUUUUGUUUUGAAAAUUUUUUAGGAUUUUAUGACAUCUCUAAAAUAACUGGAAGCAUUGUGUAGGUUAUUUGUAGGUUUAUUUUCUGUCUCCUCUACUAGAAUGUAAACUCCAUGACAUUAGGGCCUUUGGCUGUUUCGUUCACUGAUAUUAUUCCUACUGCCUAAAAAAUAUUUGUUGAAUAUGAAAAAAAAAAAAAAGGAAUAA